AUGGCUGCGCCCGCGGUGCAGCCAGCUCGCGGGUUCUCCUCCGGGUUCGGUCGCGGACGCGGUCGCGUUCUCCUCCUGCCGCUGCUCUUGCUCCUCUGCCGGGCGGCGGGGCACGAGGAGGCCGGGGCCGGGGCGGGCUCGUGCGGUUGCGGCACGCCGCAGCGGCCCGGGGCCCAGGGCAGUGCCGCAGCCGCGCACCUGUACUCGCGGGAGGCGAAUGCCCCGGGCCCGGUCCCCGGGGAGCAGCCGCCGGCGCCCACCAAGAUGGUCCUCAUUCCUGCCGGUGUGUUCACCAUGGGCACAGAUGAUCCUAAGAUAAAGCAGGACGGGGAGGCGCCUGCCAGGAGGGUGGCCGUGGACGCUUUUUACAUGGACGCCUAUGAAGUCAGUAAUGCCGACUUUGAGAAGUUUGUGAACUCAACAGGCUACUUGACAGAGGCCGAGAGGUUUGGUGACUCGUUUGUCUUCGAGGGCAUGCUGAGCGAGCGGGUGAAGACGGACAUCCACCAGGCAGUGGCGGCUGCCCCGUGGUGGUUACCAGUGAAGGGAGCUGACUGGAGACACCCAGAGGGGCCCGACUCCACCAUCCGGCACAGGCCACAACACCCCGUGCUCCACGUCUCCUGGAAUGAUGCAGUUGCCUACUGCACGUGGGCGGGGAAGCGGUUGCCCACGGAAGCUGAGUGGGAAUAUAGCUGCCGGGGCGGCUUGCACAACAGGCUCUUCCCCUGGGGCAACAAGCUGCAGCCCAGAGGCCAGCAUUAUGCCAACCUGUGGCAGGGUGAGUUCCCCGUCACCGACACCGGCGAGGACGGCUUCCGGGGGACGGCGCCCGUUGAUGCAUUUCCUCCCAACGGCUAUGGCUUGUACAACAUGGUGGGCAACGCCUGGGAGUGGACAUCAGACUGGUGGACUCGCUACCAUUCUGUUGAGGAAGCACAGAACCCGAAAGGCCCCCCGUCGGGGAAGGAUCGGGUGAAAAAAGGCGGAUCCUACAUGUGCCAUAAGUCCUACUGCUUCAGGUACCGCUGUGCCGCCAGGAGCCAGAACACCCCCGACAGCUCCUCCUCCAACCUGGGAUUCCGAUGCGCCGCUGACCGUCUGCCCACCACAGACUGACAGCUGAGGAGCCUGUCCAGAGCCCAGCUGGCGGGCCGAAGCCGCACCCCGAGGGGCUCCGUCCCUGCCCGGUGGCCAGUGGAACUGUCUACACAUCAAAUCGCUGACCUGCCUUGUCACACGCUCUGUGUGCUGUUGUGUCUUUGGAGACCGUCACCCUGUUUGACUUUUGAGAGUCUUUUAAAGAGAAGGGUGGUGCAGGAACCCCAACAAGGAGUGGCAAGAGCAUGGGGUGCAGCAUGGAACUUCCCAGCCUUACUGCUGCCUUCCGUUGGACCCCAAAGUCUGUGACUACACAGUGAGAAUUCUCACCAGAUGAUUCUGUACCAAUGCCCCCUUGCCUCGUCCCUGCCCCUUGUGCGCCCUGGGGGGCGUGAUCCUGGGCUUGCCCCGUCCCUGCCCCGUGUGCGCCUUGGGGGGAGUGAUCCUGGGCUUGCCCCGUCCCUGCCCCGUGUGCACCCUGGGGGGCGUGAUCCUGCGCUUGCCCCGUCCCU